AUGGACAUUAAGCCAACGAAAUCGAGAUCUCGGUCCAAUACAGCAGCAUCAGUCAAAGGCCGUAAACGUCCCCUUUCCAGAGCUUCAACGACAAGCAUACAUAGCGCGGUGACGCAAACUCACGUAGACCACCAAAAUGAUACAUCCCAAGAGUACCAAAAGCAAUGGUACGAUCCAAACGCACUCGCGCAACAAAGAUUCGGAGAUAUAUCCCACCAAAUGACGCCCGAGGAUAUGGUCAUGCAGUCUGCAACUCAGCUCCAAAAUCCUCGGGGGUAUGAACUUGAUCCUGCUCUAGCAGGUAGUCACGGACUUGUGUACUCUCACGAUCAACGAUACAAGCCCGAAAUGGGAAGGCACCCUGUUCCCGUGGAUAAUUUUGCUAUGGGCUAUAACGAAGGGGAUAGUCAAUUGGCUGAGGGUCGUAGCGAUGAGCAAGACGAAGUUGAUUCCCUUGCUGGCGUACCAGCGAAGAAGGCCUCCAAGUCAAGCGCGGCUAACGAGCUUGAGAUGAGACAACUUUUCCAUACCAAUAAGCACCGUUCAUUACCAGAGAUAGCCAAAGAACUCCAUGCUAAUGAAAGAGGACCCCAGUCAGAACGGCAAAGACAGAUAUUUGCUAUGCUCUGGAUAAACCUUGUUUGUGAAAAAGGCAAAAAUUCGGUGCCGAGAGGUAAAGUAUACACAAACUAUGUCAACAGAUGUACUGAGGAGCGGGUAACAGUUUUGAAUCCUGCUUCCUUUGGUAAACUAGUCCGGGUACUCUUCCCCGGUCUUAAAACUCGUCGUUUGGGGGUCCGUGGAGAGUCAAAAUAUCAUUAUGUUAAUUUCAGCCUGAGAGAUGAGCCUUCUGCAGUAGCUUCGGAACCCCCGCCUCCAGUACAAAGCACUCAGAGUUAUAAUGACCAUCCUGCCUUUGUUCAGAGUUUCAGUCAAAGCAUGCCUUCUCAAGCGCAAUUUCAGGUAGAUCGGGCUACCUUUCCUUCGCCUGUCGUGACGCAAGCUCCAGAAGCGAGAAUAUCUUCAUCGGACGGCUUCAUACGUCCACAUAGUCUUUACAACCAUCCGGAUAUAUCCGCAGUGGAUCAACUCAAUACUACAAAUGGGAAAAUACAUCAGCGGCUUCAGUUUGCGCCACUUCAGCAGUCUUCCUCCCAAGACCAGAGCGCUUUGAAUCUCCCCAAAAUCGAUCAUUAUAUUCCAGCCGGAACAGAUCCGGAUGCUGCAACAGCUCUUACCGCACUCUAUCUCUCACACUGUACAUCGCUAGUCGAAUGUAUGCGUUUUUGUAGGGAGAAGAUGUUUUUUCAUCUCUUCACUUCAUUUCACGGCACGCUCACCAUGCCGGUUCAGAAAUUAUUUGCCAACCCUUGUAUUGCGCCAUGGAUUGAAGAAUGCGAUUUCGUCAUGUAUCAAAAAAUGAUGCGCGUGGUCGCCCCUUUAACGCUGCAGGUGGUACCCAAACAGGUAUUGGAUACUCUGAGGAAUAUCUCGGAAAGACUUGUUCCUCACAUCCAGAGCUCGUUUCAAGGGCAGCCUGGUCACGUAGUCGAUGCGAAAGUAGCCCCUGCGACUCUUUUCGCCGGACUACUCGAUCGUGAGCUACGGGUCAACCUGACAGCCCACGCUGCGGCAAAUAUGCUUUCGAAUCCUGCCAACCGGGACCAAAUGUAUGCGGACUGGAUUACAAUGGUCCGAAUCCGGAAAGUCGCGGAGUGUGUACCGACCAGGGGCAUGGACGACGUAGUAGAUCUGUUUCUGACGGAGUUGAGGGAUCUCCUCGAUCCUGUUGGUGUUUCGUGGGAAAUCGAGGGAACUACGGCGUAUGGAGAGAUGGCACAAAGAGGAGGCCGCCAGCAGCAAACAAGUAUACACACAGAUUCGUCAACAGAAAACGUAUUGGAUCGUUGGGUCAACUUCCUUAGCUUGCUGCCAAGCAAGUUCCCGUAUGCCAGCCACGCAGAAAUAGUUUGGUGUGUGCAGAAUAUCGGAACUGCGGUAAUGAGGGACCUUACUAUAGCCCAAGGCAAAAGCUUUGGAGCCUGGUGGGUUACCAAAUGCUGGCUUGAUGAGAUGAUUGCUUUCAUGGCAGAGCAAGGAGGCUUCAUGGAGUAUACAAGCUCACCGCGGUCGCAACGAGAAAAUUCUAAGCAAGGGGUGGGGAGCCGCGCUGCAAGUCGACACGAAAGUCGCUACAGCAGUGGGAGUGAUAUGUUUCUUGUGUCGCAGGAGAACAAAGAGACGGAUAGGUCGGUUUCACAGCCGAUGGAUGUUACAAGUCAAGCUGCUAUGAAUGCAGCAGCCGGUCAUGACGAUAGUGGAAUCGGAAUGCGAACCCCUGAUGAUGACUUUUCUAUGGGGAAAUAUGAUUACGGUCGCCACGAGCAACAUGCUCCUCUUCAACCCGAUGGCUCCCAUGGGCACGGCUUGCAACAACUGGCGGCUGCGUGA